AUGCAGUCACUUACAAAGGCAAUUGUUGUUCAUCCUCUUGUUUUACUUUCUGCCACCGACCAUUACAGGCGAAUGGACCAGCCUCGUGUUGUUGGUACUCUGUUGGGCCGAGUAGAGAAUGGUGUCACUCACGUGACAAAUUCGUACGCAGUGCCGUUUGAUGAGUUGGAGGAUAAUCCUAAUGUGUGGUUCUUUGACACCUCGUAUCACGAGAACAUGUAUAAGCUGUUUAGCAAGGUAAAUAAUAUGGAGUACAUUCUUGGGUGGUACCACACAGGCGAGGGUCUUCAUAAGAAUGAUCUUCAGAUCACGCAGACAUUUAGAAGUUAUUGCAAUGAUCCAAUUUUAGCUGUGAUUGAUGUGGAGCAAGCAAAGGACGGCAGCCCAGUCAAGUGCUACAAGCUGGAGCGGGAGAGUGCAACAUACAACGAGUCUACGCAGUUUGUGUUUGCGCAUGUUCCAUUUGUGAUAGAGGCCGAGGAGGCAGAAGAAGUGGGUGUUGAGCAGCUAGUCGAGGACAUAAAAGACGUAAACAUUGGGGAUGUAGAAAAUAAGAUUGCACGCACAAAGGAAGCACUAUGCGAGCUCUCAAAAGGCCUUGCCUCCAUAGAGGAGUAUCUUCUGGCAGUUGCAAAUGGAGAGAAGAGAUAUGACACUGAGACAAUGAACAACAUUCAGGAACUAAUGAAUAAUAUUCCUAGGCAAAUUCCCCGUGAGAUGAAGAAUUACAUGGACAAGCUCGAUGUAAACAGCUUUAUAUGCUCAACGGUCCGCCCAGUUGUGCUGUUAAAUGAGAUUGAGCAGAGUAAAUAA